ACAUUAAGUGCUUAUGAAGUUGGAGAGGAACUUGCUGCGACAAGUCAAAACAAUGUUGAAGAUAAGAAAAACACUUUUGUUAAAGAAGACACAGAGCUGGAGUUUGUUGACAAUAUGGUAUGUAUGAUCAUCGUACAUUGUUUCAAUAUAGUCUGUGGUACUGUUUGGUAGGUCAUUUGUCAAAAAGCAUUGUCAUUCUUAUGGUUCAUUGAUUUCAGAAUACAUUUAAUAGUACUGCAAAUCAUGUGUCAUCGAUCUUGUGUGAAUCUGGGCACAGUUCUGAAUUUAAAUGCAAAUGGUAAUGAUUGAGCUUUUGUGUAGACACAGCUGCACAAACUAUAAGAUAAAUGAAAUAGCAUAUAGCAUAUAGCAAGGUUCUCCAUAGUUUUGAACAGGACAGAUAAAACAGGUGUGUGUAUAAAGCAUUGCAUCAUAUAUAAUCAUACUGAAGGUUAUACAUUCUAAACACACCAUUUUUUGCACAAUUAAUAUAUAUAACUAACUAUUUCUUAACAAAUAUAUAUGGUACACAAUCUCUAGACUUCUCCAGAAACUCCAGACCUAGUAGUCAUGCAGUGGUUGUGGAAAUGGUAAAUUUUACCAUUUUCUGUUUGAUAAGGAGAACCUUUUCUGUAGUAUACAAUGGUUCUGCCUCAUGCAAACAUGCUUAUUAACCCAUUAAGUGGCAUCACUCUCCCCUAGACGAGUAAAAUUGUCCGGUGUUAGUGAAAGUAAAAUAAUAAAGUAGGGUGUUUCUGGGUGCAUGCAUUGCCCCCUAAAGGGUUAACCGGGUGCAUGCAGACAGAUAGUCUGAUUAACCCAUUAAGUGGCAGCACUCUCCCCCUCAUGAGUAAAAUCGUUUGGUUUUAGACAGAGUAAAAUAAUAAAGUAGGGCACAUCUGGAUGCAUUACCACUGUCAAAAUGUCCUCACAAUUCACAAGUUUGCAUUACUGAAGAUCCUUGGUUCCAUCAGUUAAAUCUUUUUAAAAUCAUAGUUGUUGAUUCAUUGUGACUUAUUAUUUUUGUAUUUCAAGGCAACACUCCACUUGAUAUUGUCAGACCCAAUAGCAAAGAGGAAGGUACAAGUUUUUGAAAGAUUGAGUCUUGUAUUGUCUUGUAUAUUAAAUUCUAUAUUGCAUAAGAUGCUGAUAAUUGAACCUCCCGUUAAAAGUUGUUUUACAUCAAUUAAUUCUGCAAAAGCAGAUUUUUUUAUAUGCAUUUUUUCUUUCAUUUUUUUUUUCAGUAUCAACAAAAAGUGACGAUAUUUGUUGUUGGUUAUGAAAACUUGUGUAGUCAUCGUAAUAAGGUUAGCUAAUCCCAGUGCUUUCCGAGCUUUAUAAGUUAAUUAAACCAGCUGUAUAUUAGUGAGGAAACAGGUGUGAGGUUGUCUGCAAUGAAGGAUUCAUUUUACUAAACUGAGGGGCAUUUAAAUUUUGACAGAUUUUCCAAAUUGUAUCGGAUAUUUUCCAGAUUUUUGGGGGAUUUUGUGGCAAAGUGAAAUCCUCCUCGUUAAUCACAACACUAAUUGCAAUUAGUGUUGUUGCUGUUUUUGCCCAUGCAUGCACUUUUUGCUUGCCCAAAACAAGCAAAACAAAUUUUUAUGUCUAUAUAUAUAUUGUGCUCUCAGGAAGAAAAUUAUUUUUACUUGCCUUGACAAUACUUCAAUGUCUUUUAUAGAUUUAAAAAUUUCAACAGACAACUAUACUGGUCCAGAUUUUUAGAAAAAUAAGCAACUGGGCAGAUUUUAUAGAAAAUAUUGUUACCCCAUCCCUCCUUCCCCCCAACCCCCAUCCCCCCUGCCCCAAAUUAAUAGUAUAUGUUGCAUUCAUGUGUAUUUCUGUCUGGAUGAGGAAAGGUUAUACUGAGUCUUCUAUUUGAUUUUGUUAUAGUUGCUGUUACAGCUGCAGCAAGUAAGUAAAACUGAACUUUAAUAUGUUGAAAUAUGUGCUGUACAACACCAGUAUUAAGAACCUUGUUUCUAGUUCAGAAUUUGUAACUCAGAGUCUAUACAUUUGCAGUUUUUCACACAAAAUACAGCAAGUGAUGAUUCAUUUACACCCAGCGCACUGGAGUUUGACUUUGAUGAAGUUGAGAAUAAUGUCAGGUAUAUUUUGUGGAAUCUGAUAUGUAUACUGAUUCAAUUAUUCAAUUUGUUGUCAUUUGUUUGCCUGAUUCCAUUCACGGAUAGUUUUUUGCGCUAUUCAUUGACGCUCGUGUGUUGCUCAUUAACGUGUGUUGCUCAUUCUUAAUCUUGAUGAAGAUAGCCUUAGUGCAUGCUUGCAGACUGAGAUGGACUGAUGUGUACUGAGAUGGACUUCAACUGUUUCCGUGGACAUUUUAAUUUGUGCGUUGUUCCAUUUUUCAUUGCGCAUUAUAAUAUAAAUAGAGAAUAAUACAUGGGUGCGCGGAAAUACCAGAUUUAUUUCGAGUGUUGAACAUGAUAUCUCACGAGUGAGUGAGAUAUCAUGUUCAACACGAGAAAUAAAUCUGGUAUUUCCAAGCACCCAUGUAUUUUUCUGUUUAUUAUAUAAACAAAAUUCAGUGAAAAACAAUAAAACGUCCGUGGCAAUGCGUUUUACAACAAAUGAUAUUUUCACACGUAAAAAUAUCGUAUUUUUUACGUGUGUUUAAAUACGAUUUUUCUCAGUGGCCAAAAACUCUAUAUAACACUGUCUUAUGUUUAUAUAAUAAAUAUAAAUAUGUCGGUUUGAGAGCGCCUUUUCACCUCUGAGUUCGUGGCUCUGCCUGAACGCUGUGGUUUUUUCUGGGCGCUCUGGUUUUCUCCCACAGGGAAAGUUGAUAGGGUGGGUUAGAAUGAUCGAACACAGUUAGAAAGUAUUAUGGCAAUUGUUGUAAAGAUAAAAUAGUCUACACAGCUAAAAACGCACAGGUUGUUGCAAGUUGAUAUCGACAGGCGUGAACAAUGUUGUGCGGCCAACUAUGAACAAGUUGUCAACCAUGUUGUUCCAAGUUGAACAAUGUUGUAACAACAUGUUGACAACACUGAUCAUAGUUGGCUGCAUGCACAACAUUUUUCACGCCUGUCGAUAUCAACUUGCAACAAGUUGUUGAUUUUCUCAAUUUUUACGCGCAUAGGCUAAGUAUGUCGGUAAUUAUACUAGGUAAGCGUGAAACUUGGUGUAAAGCGCAUUUGAUCAUAUAUCCUCGUGUAAAUUUACGCUAUAGAAAUGAUAUAGAAUUACUGGAGAAGUCAGUUGUAUAUAUAUAUAUAUAUAUAUAUAUAUAUAUAUAUAUAUAUAUAUAUAUAUAUAUAUAUAUAUAUAUAUAUAUAUAUAUAUAUAUAUAUAUAUAUAUAUAUAUAUAUAUAUAUAUCUCGCUUACUAGACUACUGUGUAAAUUAUUUGUGAUGUUUCUUCUGUAGAGAUGCUUUGGAUAAAGCUGAAAAAACCACCGAACGUUUGGCGAAUAUCUCCAAAGAUGUUUUAAAAGUUUUUGAAAUGGUCAAUCCCAAGGAUCAUAAAAGGUAAAAUUUGUGUUGUGUGCUCGCGUGAGAGAUUGAAUUCUGGUGUCUAGUGUGUGAAUGUCUCGGAGUAAAUAUACAUUUUAUUAUUAUUAUUUUAUAAUGUUCAAACAACUUUAUUUUUACUCCGCUAAAAUUUUUGAUGAAAUGAUUGAGUUUCAAAACUGAACUCAAGGUUGAGCUCUUGGGGCCGUUUAACCGCUGUUACCAGGCCCUGAAAAAAACCUGUAUGAAAACGACUAAAUUAAGGUACAUGCACAAGCCAGGAAUUUCAUCGCUUUUUUCUUGUGACAAGAAGUUAUGAUGAGUUUUACUGACUCUGAGGUAAUUUUCUUUCACUGUUUGCUAGAAGUAUUUGUGAAAACAAUAUUAUUGUUUGAUGUUGAAUUGUAUAUUACUCAUCGUGACGUGUUGUAUGUUUCACCUCCGCUAUCCAAAUUGGACGGCUACUUCAUUGUGUUAUGUGUUUAUUCGAGUUUUAUUUGUGCAUGUUCACGGUGAUUGAGCUCAUUGUAUUUUCGUAUAAUGGAUACGAAAAUACAAUGAGCUCAAUCACCGUGAACAUGCACAAAUAAAACUUGAAUAAACACAUAACAAAAUUACUGCUGUUUAAUUUACAGGCCAUCAUAUCUUUAUAGACUAUUGUUUCAUCAACUCUUUCGCUUGAACGGGGUUUAAUCAUAAUACCUUAGUGACGGACAUUAGAUAUUUGAGAGGGGGGGUUGGGCAAUUUUUCUGUGCACGAAUUUUUUUUCAGCCCCCAAUUGCUUGCAAGAAUUUUUUUUCUGCAACAUUCCUUUGCACGAUAUUUUUUUUAAGAUGACCUAAAAAAAUUUUCUCGAAAAGUUCGUCGGGGAGAAAGGCAUAAAUUUUUUUCGAUUGUCGUAAAAACACCAUUUUAAUGUUUUAGAAUAAUUGCAUUACAAUUUUAAAAAUCAGCCCUAUUUCUUGCUCGAAUUUUUUUUCAAUAGGUUUGUUGUGCACGAUAUUUUUUUUUCUGGAUUUUUUCUGUGCGCGAAUUUUUUUUGGUAAACUUGUCUCGCAAUGUUUAAAAAAAGAUUUUGAUAAUGCAUUGCAAUGAUUUUCAUGCAACUCGCAACGAUAGUGGACAGAGGCAUGCGAAGAGACUAGGGAGAGGCGCUAUUUGGCGCCAAAUUUUAAUUAAAGUAAAGCGUGUACUGGGGAGAGCCAAUAGGAACACUCCAAGCUAUAAACAUUGCGAGACAAGUUGCACGAAGCCAUGUUACACGCUGCAAUAAUGCUAAAAAUAAUUAGUGCAAUCGUUGCCAAAAGUAGAACCGACUUCUACUCUGUGCAAUGCUUCAUGCAACUUGUCUCGCAAAGAUUUUGACCAUUGCAAGGCAUGUUAAACGGUGCGCAACGCCAUUGCGAGACAAGUUGUAUGAAAAAUUGCACCGUGUAAAGACUAUUUUCCACUAGCGAAUUUCUUCGCGUGAAGCGAAUUUUUUAUUGUUAAAAUUGAAAAGAAUUUAUUAAAAAUCUAAUUAGUUCCAGCCAAGAGCUUAUAAGACAAAAGAUUCGCGCGACAAAUUUCCCAGUGGAAAACUGGCUUUACACGGUGCAAUUUUUCAUUUUACGGGCCUUUAUACGUCAUGAUCAUUGGAACAAAUAAAAUCUUUUUUUUAAAGAGUUUGUGCUAACAUAGUGUCCGUACGUAGUGAUACUUCGAUUCGCCUAAAUCAUCUCAUAGAGAACGAUAUGGUCACAGAAUAGAGAUGAUAUAAUUUUACUUUUUUUAAAAGUAAAAUUUAAUGCUGUAUAGCUAUACGUUGAAUUUUUUCUAUGUCAUUUGGCAUAAAAAGCGUUCGAAACCUUAAUUAAGUCUUUUUGAGAUACCUCUCGAAAUUAGUUUUAUUUGAGUUUUACUGUCGAUUUUAUGCAGUAAGUACCUUUUUGAGUGCAUUUUCUGGUGGUUCAGAAAAUGAAAUAACAGUAAAAAAUUAUAAAAUAAGAUGCGAUUAUCAUUAAAGCAAGUGCAUUGAAUAUACUCAUUGUAGCUUUUUGUGCGCGUUACGUCCGUUUAUGCAAAUUUCUAAGUCUAAUUUCUUAAUAACUAUUGUAUUAAGACAUAAAACGUCCCAAAUUACUUCAUCAAACAAUGCACACUAUGUCUAUAAUUGCCAUGUUGACGUUACGCUGUUUUAAACAGGAUAUCAUCUUUCAUUAGCCGUUGCUAAGCACAGCGCAGAGGUAUAUUAAACGCUUGGAUUUCAAUACAUUACAAUUUACAAUUUACAACGUUUAUCGUUCCUGCUCUACUGGUUUCUUUGCCUGAAUUAAACGAAGAAAUUCGUCUGUAUAUCUUGAAAGAUUUUCAUUUAUAAGCCUUCAUAUUGGAAAGUAAACAAAAUGGUUAGACUAAAUCAGGUUUGUUUGUGUAUAAUGUACUUGCGAAUUGUAGGUUUUGUGUGGUAUACACUGUAAAGAAUCGAAAGUCGCCACUAUAAAUUUUAAACUAGGUGGGAAGAUUCAGAUUUCAAAUCUCGUGUGCUCAUAAAAGAUAAGAACUCUCCACCAAUCUCUGUAGGCUUGAUAGCUCAACAGGUAGAGCAGUGGACUAAAUUCCUGAAGAUUGAGAGUUCAAAUCGCGUGUUUUUAUAAACGAUAGAACUCACUACCAAUCUCUGUAGGCUUGAUAGCUCAAAUAUGGGUAUAUAGAGCAAUGAAGUAUAGUCAACUAGAUUCUUGAUGGUCGAGAGUUCAAAUCUCGUGUAGUUAUAAAAGAUAAGAACUGACCACCUGUUUUUGUAGGCUUAGUAAUUACAGCAAUGAACUUGCGAGUUCAGUAUCUAUUAUAGUGACUUGAUAGCUCAGUAGGUGGAACAGAUUCUUCAAGCUAGGGUGCGAGUUUGUCUGGGUUUGUUUGGGCCUAUAUUUCACCUGGUCCACGUCGCUGAAUCUAAAAAUUACGUGCAUUUUAUAGGGUAUUUGCAAUUUACUUUUCAACGAGAUUAUUGUUAUUGUUAGUCCUAUUAAGUUAUUUAUCUGUUGAUAUCGGUAUCUCAUAUUUGAAUGACAAAUACACAUCAUAUACUGACGCUAUUGCAAGAGUGCGAUAAUUCGAUAUUUUCAGACACACUUCACCGCUACUCCAAUAAUUAUUGCCACGCGCUAAGCUGAUCAAAUACAAGACUCAAGGUGUACUUAAUCUUUGGAAUAGAGCAACAGAAAGCAUAUAGUUCUCCGAAUAGCACUCAUUCUGCAGUAACCAGAUACCACGAGUUUGAACAAGAAGGAGACAUUUGCAUAUACUGUACAAACACAUCUGAUUGAUCGGGCAACGCUUUUAGUCUGAUCUUGUUUCCUGCCAAGACAUGCCAGAAAUAUCGGAUUAACACAUAUUAUAGAUAUUUUGUUGAUACGGUUUUGAAUAUAAUAGACUGCGAACAGUCUAUAUAAUGAAAUUUGUUGCGCAGUCUUUAGGUUUUGAAUACCAUGGGUUUUGAAAAUUUGCUGGUUAUUUGCAUGGUACUAUAGCAAAAUGUAAAUACGCAGAUAGCUAGAACCCGCGUACGUAGACUCGUAAAGGUCCAUACAGACCCGACGCGAUUUGGCAACGCGACGCGAAUUUGCAAUUUUCAAUUACAUUUAACUUCAGUAUUUUUUAUGUUUUCCAAAUAUUCGGAGCAAUUUUCGCUAUUUGGUCUGCAUAUCUUGUCAAAUUUCUAUCUGUUGACGGUUUUAUUUGUUUUUAAAAACUGAAAACUCGCGUCGCGAUGUCAAAUCGCGUUCGGUCUGCAUGAGAACUAAGAUGUACCAUAUAAGUGCGCGAAUUAUCGCACCUUGUGUUAAGUGCAUGCUUGCUCCCGUAUCAAGCCGGUAACAGACCAGCAAGUUUUCUGUGACAAAUUUUGUUUGCUGUAUAGGCAACUUUGCCAAUUUUUGCGCUUGUGUUCGGGUCAGCAAAGAAAAUUUGGGAAAGUAAUUUGAGCACACAACAUGUUGACAUGCGGUUGGUCAACGAUCUAAUGUUGUAGUGGCUAAUAAUAGCUUUGCCUAUAUGGUGGAGCUCAGAUUCAGAAACUUGUCAUGGAGAAUGAUAGUAAAUAAAACUUGAAUUCUGAAAAAUUCAGGAAAAUUCUGAACAUGGAGAAUUCUGAAAAAAUUCAGGAAAUGAAUAAACCGCGCCAAUCACAAUCUUUGAUUAAACCGCGCCAAUCACAAAACAGAAUUAAUGGUUUUAGUACAGAUUCUGUACUAAAACCACUAAUUCUGUUUUGUGAUUGGCGCGGUUUAAUCAAAGAAUCGCCCCGUUGAACCAGAGCCUUCGCGACAUUUCAAUUUAUUAUUUACUGUCGAAGGCUCUGGAAUCCAGGGUAGAACAUGGAGAAUUCUGAAAAAUUCAGGAAAAUUCAGGAAAAUUGUGGGCAUUUAUUCUGGCGACAUUUUCCGUAUAUUUCUUUCAUUUUUCGCAUCCAUGGUUGUCAUCCUUUUUUCUUCUGAAAUUGGGCAACCAUGGUAAACACUGCUGCCUAACAGUUUUACAAGUAUGUAUUCUCUUUAGAAAAUUAAAUUUUAAAAAUACCGAAGUCUCUGCUAGAUUUAGCAAACAAGCAUGACCGCCUCGUUUUGGUGCUUUUUGCACAUUUCAAAGAACUAUAAUUUCACUUAUAUGGAUUGUUUUCGAUCUUAAACUAUCACACUAACUUUGCCUUAAAUAACUUGUUUUGUUUGAAAAACUGGUUAUUAGCGCCUGGCAAUGAAUGAGAUAUGCAAUAAUUCAAAAUUGUGUGGUAACUAGUUUUUGAAUCGGUCAGUGUUACGUAAAGGAAGUGUGGAGUUGAAUGCGGACCAUGCUUACAUAUCUAUUGUUUAUAAGAUAACACGACUCUCUGCCCGAAAUUCUUUGCAAGUUCCAGCAGAAAAAUUCAUCGUGUAAUAUGGCCUUAAUGUUUGAUACGGUCAUAAAUCCGUCCAGUGUCGUGUAGAUCAUAAACUGAAUAGUUUGUAUUCAUUUCAGGGGAAAAAAGAAGUUGGAAAAGGCUUUAUUUCAGUCUCAGCAAGAUGUUAUGCACCUCACUGAAAAACUGGUCGGAGUUCAAUCAGGUACUUAAAUGCUCGUUGACAAAUGUGCUUGAUUUUCGAAGUUUUGCAGUAAAAGUGCAUCAAAUUCAAGACAUCAAUAUAUUUUUGGUGUGAAAGACAGUUUUGCCCAAUGUAACCGGCCAGGUUUAUAUUAGAGACGGAUGAUCCUUAUGGACGAACUUGGGCAAUGGAUUUUUGUCACUUCAUGGUCAUUAUCGCAUGAAAUCUUACCCAACAAAUAACGAUAAAAAUGCCUUGUUUUUGGUACAUUUCCAAUGAGAACCGGUUAAAAGAAACACGGAUUCUCAAAGAAUGGUUUAAUUAUACGAUAUAGUCUUGGGUUUCAAUCACGUGAUAUUUUAGGAUAAUUUUACUCAAGUGAGGGUCAAUCAUCGAAGGAAGGGGUUAUUUCGCUGGCCUCAGAGUGACAAAAUGUAACAAAGCAACCGUUUUACUAAUACUAACCCUAUUCCAAAUACUAACUCCAAUCCUAACCAAACCCUACUCUAAGUUUGUUUCUAAACCAAUCUUGAUGAAAAAUUUUUGACAAAAUGUCAUUCUGAGGUCAGUGAAAUAGUCUUUCCCAUCAGUGAACUGAGGUCAACUAAAACAAUAAAGAUGCAAAAUGGAUGUCAUCGCAUUGUAUGUAAAUGAGUUCUAAGCCAAUAUAAAACACUAUAAACAAUAUAAAAAGCCGUUCUUUACCCUUGACACAGACCCUUGACCCCCCCACGUGACGUCAUUACAAAAACCUUUCCAGAUAUGUGGACCUACUCGGCCCAUAAAAUGACCGCCAGCAGGAACUUGAGCCACGCAAUAAUGGUGUGACACUAAUAAGUAAUAAUCAUUUAAAGAAGGAAUCGUCUGCCAGUAUAAAUGGCGGAAACAGAUAGACAAGCUAUCUAGAAAAUAUCAGACAUGAUUUGUUCCCAGAUCCAUUGCUAGACAGUAUAGAUUAGUUCGUGCUAUUCUCCCCCGUUUAUCUGAAUAGUUAUAGUUCUUCUUGUGUGCAUAGUAAGGCUGCAUGUGGUCCCUAGCUCAUACAGAGUAUUGGUCCAUUACAGUUCUAGGAUUGAUUGCUGCGGUUAGCUUAAUACUAGUAACUUAAAACAGCAAACGUCCCAACGAAGUGAACGAACUUGGAAAUGUUUUAUGCAGAAAUGUUGUCUGGAUCAAUAGAAGUUUUAAUUUGCAUGUAAGGAUUUCAAAUAUCAAGAGGUUCAGAAAUACACAAGCAAAAUGAUUGCUGUUUACUUUUAAUAUCUAGUUCGGAUAACUAUAGCUCCAGUGUGUUAAGGAGCUUAUUAUGUUUCUAAAUAAUAAUACAGUUAUUAGAGUCAAUAUUAAAAAGUUCCUGGGUUUUUUAUGUAGAUUUCGAAGACGCCAAAACAAAAUUGACAACUCUGAAUAACCAACUCGAAGUGAAAGAGGCUGAUAUUGACAGGUAUGUAUUCUGGUUACACCCUCUAAAACACCCAUCCGCCUAACAAAAUCUGGUUAAUUUAAUACCAGGACGUCUUUGUCAAAUAUAACCAGAUUCCUGGUUACUAUAACCAGACUGUUAAUGAAUCCAAUCUUAGUUUGGUGUUAUUUGUUUUGCAGGCUGAAAGCCCAAGUAAAUGUUAAUAAAGUAAGUGAAAAAUAUUUUUCGAUGAAACUUAAAAUUUGUUAAAUAUUUUAAACUUAUCUUUUCUAUGUGUUCUUUCAGACUUUUGAAAGGGAAUGUGAUGAUCUGAGAAAAGGCUUACAGGCUAAAGAACAACAGCUACAGACAUACAGAACGGUGGGUGUCCAAUUUAAAACUGAUAAUACAAUCCAGUAUAGCUAGAGUGAGUUUAGGUUUCACUCGGUAUAAAAGGGAAGCAACAAGGAAUCGCCCAUAACCUCGAGAGAGGUGUCCAGUGAAGAUAAAUUAGUGAAAGUGUAGUUUUUUCCUGUAGAAAAGUGGCUCAAAUUUGGCCGGUAUAGGGGUUAUGCUCUAUAGGGGUUAUGCUCUUUCUAAAAUUUUCCUGGGGCGUCGGGGGCCCAUUCGUCAGAGAAAGCGCCUUUCACUUCUGAGAUCGUGGGUUCGAUACUUGCUGCGGACUCAUGUGGAAAGAAUCAAGCAGUCAACGCUCUACCAGAAGUCGUGAGUCUUCUCCGGGUGCUCCGGUUUUCUCCCACAGGCAGGGAAAGUUGACAGGGUGGGCAGGGCCGUGCCACGGUGAUACCCCCCCCCCCCGCCCCCCAAAAAAAUAAAAAAGGGGCCCAACUUGCGGAGAGGGGGCCCUGGAAAGCUGGAAUUGCAGAACAUGUUGAAUAUUAAGGAAUUUUCUGGAAAAUUGGUCUAAAAAGGUCUUCAGAACUAAAUUUAAGCCCCCAUUAUGUAAGUAGUGUUUGAAAACAUUUUUGGGACCUAACCUAUUCCCCCGUAGCGACGGAAAAAUUUUUUGGUUUCUGGAAUUUAUUUUUUUUGGGGGGGGGGGGGCAAAUGGGAGGGUCCCCAAAUUUUUUAUUUCACCCCCCAACCAAAAACCACUUGGCACUGCCCUGAGGGUGGGUUAGGAGACAGUGUGUAGUAUAUUUAGUUCAGUUUUAAUGUGUUUAUUUUGUUUAGUUUUAACUAGUUUAGUUUAGUAGUUUGGUUUGGUUUUAGUUUAGUCUUAGUUUAGUUGAACUUACACUUUAUUAUUUUUCGUUUCUACAGGAAAUGGACGAGGUGGAGCUAUCGCUGUCUCAAGCAGAGAGCAAGUACGACGAGUACGUAGAAAUGUGCAGGAAUUUGAGGGAUGAAAAUCAACAUUUGAAGGAUGAUAUUGAAGGACGAUCGAAAGAACAAGCAGAGAAGAUUAUCGAAAUCAGAAAAGGUACAAUGCAGGUUAUAUGGUAUACAGCUAUUUCAAUUAAGGUUGUCCCCCGGGCAAAGUGGAAAAGUCGAAUACGAGCGCGAAAGCCUGCUGGGAAUCGCUAAUAAAUGAAUGAAUUUAUUAGCGAUUCCCAGCAGCCUUUCGCGCUCGUAUUCGACUUUUCCGCUUUGCUCGGGGGACAACCUCAAUUGAAAUAGCUGUAUACGGUAUAAAAACCACGAAGGCACUUUGUCUAGAAGUUUUUAACCAGACAAAAGGGUUCCCAUUUCAGGUAUAGUUGGAUACUUCAACCAGGAGAACCAAUGUAAUUAAUAACAGACCUAUAACUUUUAUAUUCCAGUCUCUCUAAGAGUUUCGAUAUUUACCCAUAGUACCAUACCUUAUAUUUGCAUCACCCACGAUAUAUAUAUAUAUAUAUAUAUAUAUAUAUAUAUCACCCCACGAGCUUGUAGAAAUCUUAUUAUUAUUUAUUUAUAAUAACAUUGCUAAUUUACAGACUUAGAGAACAAGCAUGAAACAGAGAUGAACGAAUUAAAGGCAAACCAGGAAAAAGAUAUAACUCGAUUGAAAGAAAUUCAUGAGGAUGAAGUGCUAACUCUGAGAGAAAAACUUGACGCGGUAAGCUUGUAUUUCAGAACUGUCCUCAGAAAUAUGAAAAACUAGUUUGAUAUUAUUAUCAGAGAUUAGGUAGAGCGACGGUCUACAGUAGAUUCCCGAAGAUUUGAGUUUGAAUACCGCUCGAGACUGUGCUUAUCGCCGCCAUGCCAGAAAAAUUAUAAUAGUCCGCUGGCCAAUCACAUCAAAUGCUCAGAUUACUUUGACAAGUUUUCUUUGUUGACCCAUGCAGACGAACAAAAUUUGUACUUUGACAAUUAUUUCUAUGACAAGUGCACAGAAAAAAUGCAUAGAAAGAAUGCAAGUGCAUAGAAAAAAUUGUCAAAGUUGCGCGUACAGACGAGCAAAUAAAACUUCUCACAAAAAAACUUUUGUCAAAGAAAACUUGUUCGUCUGUACAACCGGCUUUAACCGGUUGAUGAGUAAGGCAUAGGCAUGACGUGUUUGUUUUGACUGCUGGUUCAGAAUUUUUAAGCUCUACAACGAACUGUGAUCUUUCUUAACCAUGUUUCAAUAGAGAAAUAUUUCUGUUCCAUCGUUUAGCCAUUUCUAACUAGUUUUAAAAUAGACUGUGCAGGAUUAACCCCGUUCAACCUCCAUGUUUGUUUCUUAAAUGACAUAUUCGAAGUUUGCUGGUCUUCCCAUGUCAUUAUAUGAACUAUGUGUAUAUAUUUCCAUCUGCUUUAGAUGAGAAGGCGUUCUUUGGCAACAGCCACGUCAAGUGCCCCCACUCUAUUACCGGACAGUCGUGACUCUGCCAGAUUCUCGACGACAGAAUCAGAAUAUGCUUCGCGAGCGUUUAGCACGUGGAAAUCUGCUAAAACUGCUACAACUAUAGUGGAAGUAAAGGUGAAUAGUGCAAUUAUUAGUAAUGGUAAACAUUGCCUCGUGGCGAUAGUAUACAGGGGCUGGUUGUUCAAAGCUGGGUUAACUUAACCCUAGGUUAACCUAAAAUUCAAAGCAAACUCCCAGCUUGGCUAUAAAUUUGGAAAUAUCUCUUCAGAGAUCUUCUCUGAAUCGAUAGGAGUUCACUCCUCUAAAGUUUUGAAAUAAACAGACGUGCAGAGAUACACAAACCAACACAGUGGUUUAAAUUUUAACCGAGGGUUAGUGCUAACCCACCUUUAAACAACCGGCCGAAGUAAUAUAAGUUUUGAUUUGUUAAAACACUUAUUAAAUAAUAUUAUUAUAUAAACAUUAGUGUUAUAUAGAGUUUUUGGCCACUGAAAAAUCGUAUUUAAACACACGUAAAAAAUACGAUAUUUUUACGUGUGAAAAUAUCAUUUGUUGUAAAACGCAUUGCCACGGACGUUUUAUUCUUUUCACUGAAUUUUGUUUAUAUAAUAAACAGAAAAAUACAUGGGUGCUUGGAAAUACCAGAUUUAUUUCUCGUGUUGAACACUGAUAUCUCACUCGUUCGCUGCGCUCACUCGUGAGAUAUCAUGUUCAACACUCGAAAUAAAUCUGGUAUUUCCGCGCAGCCAUGUAUUAUUCUCUAUGUAUUUCGCUUGCUGGCACAGUCGUUAAGGCUACCUGUACGUUUACACUGUACCGGCUAGCUCUCCGUAGAUAGCGGUGCGAAAAAGCACCUAUGACCUAUCCGAUACGGAAUGUCCAAUAUUCAGAAGCUGAACGAAACAACAUCUCUCCGUUGCAAUAAUUCCUCUAAAAAUCGCGUACCUAAAUGGUACGGAUAGGUGUUUUUUUCACGUCGCUACGGAAGCGUAUCCGCGGUGCAGUGUAAACGUGGCCUAAAGCAACUCUAAGAAACCUCGCAGAUGCAGACCACGAACUUCGAUCGAUUUCCGAGAAAUCCGUCAUCAUCAGAAAUCAAGCGAGCUUCUAAACCGCAAAGUGGCCUCCCUUGUGAGAUUGCUCGAAGUUUUAGUUGUGCUAACAUAGAAUAAAUGACUGGCCUUACUGGGACUCUUGAAAGAACCGGUCGGGCGGGAGUGAUAGUAGUAUAGUACCACGUUGCAUAUUCCCUAUUUCUACAGUAUGUAUGUAUGAAAAUAUCGUGCUAACCGCUAUUUCUUGAGUUAUAAUAAUAUGCCAAUUCUUCUCGUAGACUUCCGACAGUUCACGUCUUGGCACGGCGUCCUCCGAUGCUAAAGGAAAAGACUCCGCUCUCGACAGAUCUAGUAGUAUAUUUGUCUCGAUGAGUAACACACCAUUACCUAGAACACCCAAAACAGCAGACACACUGGGACCAAGUGAGUGCAGUAGUUUCACUAGGUCAACACUUAUUUCAACUCAAUACUUAUUACUUGAUUCCGUUAAUCAAUAUCAUGUGCCAGUGUACAGGAAUAGGCAGAGCUAAUAAUAAGAAAGUUUCAGAUUGAUAGGGAUUCAACUACCUGAAAAAUACAAGGAGAACUUCGACGUUUCGAGCGAAGGCCCUUCGUCCUUGUGUUUUUCAGGUAGUUGCAUCCCUAUUAAUGCAAAGCUUUCGUAAAAAGGAACAACCUGUUUCUGGUUGAUAUCGACAAGCUUGAACAAGAUUGUGCUGCACCCUAAGAACAAGCAAUGUUAAUAAGAACCCCAUACGAUCUUGAUUUUGGUUAGUGGUCUGUUUCAGUCAGUGUAGAUGACAACUUUCACGUUGGCCGUACAGUACGGUAACACGUGCCUUACGGUAGUAAUUUCUAGUUACUGAAAUACAUGAUAGGUAUUGAGAGGUGCAACAUCUAUGUGCCAUGUACAUGUUUAUGUAGGUGUGUAUAAUGAUUGAUUGAUUGAUUGAUUACAUUACAUUUUCCCUCCAUUUAUAAGGUGUUUCAGUUAUGUCCAGAGAGGCAAGUCCAGUACGUACGGCAGAGAGCUCCACCCAGACUGAUGACGUCAUUGACAAUCUGGUGGAUGUCGAUGAAAUAUCUGAAGUGAAGUCAAAAACUGAUCUUCUGGAGAUUGAACGCGAAAUGGUGGGUUAUUAUACAGUCUAUGAUAGCGGAAUAUGACGUGGCGAUGACACAGUGUAUGACGUGUCGAUACGACAGUAUAUGACGUGUCGGUAGGCCCCAUGUGUUACUGACUACUUCAGUUAAAAUAUAGACAUCCGAUAGUAUGCCGUAAAAUUUUGCUGGAUAUUAGAGACUAAAGCAGGUCUGUCGUUUAAGACAACAGACUCAUAUUAUAUACACUUUAACAUGAAUGAUACAAAUUCCGAAUAAAUCUUCAAUUUCAAGAUUUGAAUUAACACAAGACCAAUUGUUUGAAACUGUGGAUUUUCAACACAAUGUUUAGCAUUUUUUUAAAGAUCGAGGCAUUGAAUUAUUUGAAGAUAGAGUCAUGACAUUUCAGUUACUAGAAUAUCAAACCUCCCUUUUAAACUCCAUUUUUCUUCAAAUGUUUUGCUUAUUAUAGAGAAAAGAGAUUUUGACUGGGGGCCAAAAGGGUUGAGGAGGCUUUGCCCCCAGUUAUAUAGUUUAAAAAGGCCCUGGAUGACUUUGAAAUAUAGUCGAAAAUUCACAUUUUCAACUCCUUUUUAUAUUUUCUUGACAUGAAUAAUGAGUUGCAUUGUAUAGAUUGUAUUCUUUAAUUUUAGGCUAAAACGCCAACGAAUGAACUGCCACAGAAAUUGGAUGAAUAUAAGAAUAAA